UAGUGUGCAGAACUCCGCGAAAAACUUUUCCAAUAAAAGUACCGCCGUUUAUAUAUUCUUGCGGUAGUUUUAUGGCACCACUCCACCAGUUACCUUUAAUUAAAAGAAAAUUUGAAAAUUAUCUGUGUCGGUAGAUUAUCUAGAUUGACUUCAAAUUCACUGUCACAGACACAGACACAUACACAGACAGACAGACAGACAGACAGACAGACAGACAGACAGACAGAUCCCGGAUGUUACGUGGCAGCGGCAGUUGUUUUGUUUCUCGCUAGUUUGAGUGUACCUACAAGCUAUUUGCCAUUACAAUAUGGCUGAUGACAAAGAAAACUGUCCGUUUCCGUCGUGUCAUGUGUCUGGAAAACCUCAGCGUCUUCUCUGUCAUGUUCGUCAAACUCAUGACUCAGAUGACGUCCCCGCAGAGUUUGUCUCUCGUCUGAACCUACAUCGCUGUCAAGACUGUCGGCAGUGGUUUCUAAAGCUGAAUCAACAUUCUAACCAGUGUAGGAAAUCAGCAAGGUCUUCUCUAACCUCAAAGUCUUCACAACGGCCGUCGGGAGAUUCGAAUCCCCACCCCCGCCCCCCAGGUGCGGAAGCCUCCGAAGGUGCCGAAAGCAAUUCGGUUGUGGCGCCCGCUGUCGUGAAUGCAAGAAGUCACUGUCCCAUCGUCUCAUCUCAGGUUCCUCCAAGUGUACACGUACCAUGCACUGUGCCUUCACAGGCGUGGCAGUUUAUACGGGACCUUUCCGUGGAAACAAUUCUUCGGGCAUCGCCGCCACGAACAAUCAAUACUAUCAAAUCAGGUUCAAAAGCCUUGUUUCAGGAAUGCUGCCUAUAUGUUAUGCGCCAAAUAAGAGACAAUCCUUUGGAUGAGUCACCUUGGAAACUGUUCUUUUUGCUUCCAAGAAUGCUGCUGUCUCCCCUCUCUAGAGGUGGAAGAGCUAGUUCGAAACAAGUGAAGUCUCUUUACCAUCAGUUCCUAAAUUUUGAAUGGGGCAGUUUGGCUAAGUUUAAUGAGUCUCAGCCAUCUAAGACAACCGUAGACAAUCGAUUAGAGACACGAAAAGCAGCUUUGAGGCUAAUAAGGUGUGGAGAGCUUUCUCGAGCAUCUAGAGUUCUCAUGAGCUCAGGCCUGGCUCCUCCAACAUCUCAAACAGUCAAGAAGCUUUCUGAUAAACACCCUAAGAGCAAGAAAGAGAUUUCUCAGAGAAAAUGUACCAGUGACCAGAUAUCUUUGAGUAGGAGUCAACUCUUCAAAGCAAUUCAAAGUUCUCCAAACGGAUCAGGUACAGGGCCGUCAGGUUGGCGGUACGAACAUUUCCGUGUCCUACUUGAGAAUGAAGAGCUAGCUGAUUGCCUUUAUUUUGCUUGCUCUUGUAUCGCUCAGGGAAACUUACCUGAUCCAGUGACAUCUCUUUUGUCAUCAUCACGUCUCAUCGCUUUACCAAAACCUAAUGGGGAUGUAAGGCCAAUUGCAAUAGGCGAAACCCUGCGGCGUCUCACUGCCAAAGCAAUGUGCAUGCAGAAAAGAAGUGAUUUUGCCAACUUUUUCCAUCCCCUACAGCAUGGUGUGGCUACUGACGGGGGUUUAGAGAUGCUUGUGCACCAUGUACAACUGCUUUUGGAGGAAGACUGUGAUAGGAUCUUUGUGAAGACAGAUGUCAAGAAUGCCUUCAACUCUGUACACAGACGGCAUCUGCUAGAGCAAGUGUCCUCAAGACACCCUGACAUUUUACAUCAUGUCUCUCAAAUGUAUUCUAAACCUAGUUCUCUACUUUUUCAGCAAGGGGGUUCUCCAGUCAUCAUCCAGUCCGAGGAAGGGAUUCAUCAGGGUGAUCCCCUGGGCCCCGCACUUUUCUCGACAGCAAUACAUCCAAUCUUGAGUGAUCUGCAGAAUUCAAACACCUCUAUCAGAGUUUUGGCUUACCUUGAUGAUGUCUUCAUGGUUGGUUUGCCCCAAGAUGUCCUAUCUGCUUUAGAUGAUCUACGACCUGCAUUUGAAGCCAUUGGCCUUUCAAUUGCCAAUCAUAAAUGCAAGAUCUAUUCUGGUUUAGACUCACCAUGCCUGUCAAGUAACACAGCCUCGUCUAUCCCAGUCACAUCUGAUGGCACAGUGAUUCUUGGGACCCCAAUAGGCAGGGAUGAUUUCAUUUUUGCUUCUUGUGAUGACACUGCUAAAUCAGGCAGCCAGCUAUGUGAUAAGCUAGUAGAUCUAGGGGAUGUUCAGAGUGCGAUGUUGUUGCUGCGAUAUUGCCAUGUACCUCGACUCAACCAUCUUGCUCGAACAGUGUCGCCUGCAUUAUUACUUCCAGCGGCCAGAAUCCACGACUCACUAACCAGGAAGACAUUCACUCUUUUGAUGGGCUACGAAAAUAUUGGAGAUAAACCUUGGGCUCAGGCUUCCCUGCCAAUCAGAGUAGGUGGAUUUGGCAUGACACCACUAGUAUCGCUCUCUCAAUGUGCGUUUGUCUCAUCGUGGGCCCACAGCAUCAAAGAGUUGCCAAACUAUUUUUCAAGUCUGAAUCAAAUUCUUGAUAAUGUGGUCCACGGUGACCACGGUGAUCCCCAGAGAGGUUCUAUAGCUCAAGCUCUUCGUGAGGCAGUGCCUUCUGACAAACAACUGGAAGAUAUGCUACGGAAUAAAAGUAAACUACAAAGAAAACUGACACAGGAUUUAGCCAGCACUGCCAUCACUGACAUGAUUAUGAUAAGCUCAUGCGAUAGAGAGGCAGCAAGACUUCGGUCUUUGCAAGGCAAAGGGGCAGGGGCAUGGAUAAAUACGAUACCAACUUCGCAGAAGCUCGCACUAGAAUCCCGCGAUUUUCGCUUGGCGGCCUGCAUGAGGUUGGGAUUGUCUAUGCCCUUCAAAGGAUAUAUCCAAAGAUGUGAUUGCGGUGUCUCCCUUGAUGGAUCUGGCUAUCAUUUCUUGACAUGUAAAUGGGGUGGUGGGCCUGUCUGGUCCCACGAGUCCAUAGCUGCAGUGUGGGCAGAUUGUUUGAGAGAUCUCCAUAUACACCACCGACGGGAACCUAGAAACAGGUACUCAAACUCAAAUGACCGCCCGGAUAUCUCUGUUUUUGACUGUGGCUCUGGGUCUAAUGUGGACCUGGACAUCUCACUGGCGCACCCAUGGAGCUCUGAAAUCGUCAGCAGUGCAGCACACACAGAUGGAGCUGCAGCACUAAAGAGAGAAGAGAAGAAGCUGACCAAAUAUUACAAACAACUCCUUCCUGGGGGAGAAUCGUUCACCAUUGUCCCUUUAGUCCUGGAGCAUUUUGGAAGAUGGGGCAAGGAAUCAGAAUGUUAUCUACAACAAUUGUCCCUCAGAUCUACAGACGACUUGGGAAGACUGAACAGGGCGGAGUUUUUGCUGCAGUGGAGACAACGCAUUUCAGUUCAGUUGCAAAAAUGCAAUGCGAAAGUUAUCUACCGCAAGGUAGAGGGGGUGCUGAGAAGUGGCAAAUAAGAAGUGUUAUCUGUGAUAAUAGAGAAGAAACGUGGACCAAUACGGUCCAUAUAUCAUAUAUGUUUUUUCAAGUGUAGUUUAUGCAGAGAACAAAACUUUCAAAUAUUUUACUUUAGACGUGGCUGUACUAGCUCCUCUAGCCUGUAAUAGUUUCGAUGUUUGAAAUUAUACUACCAUUGACAGACAGACAGA